GAGGUUUCUGCCGCGCGCACGGACGAGACCGUGCGAAACUCCAGUCGUUUUGUAUGCAAACCGCGAAGAAACGACAAACUUAAUCCGCGAAGUUCCCAUUAUGGACAUACGUUUACCACCAGUCGCGUUAAUCUAACGAAUUCGGUAAUAUGUAUUUUUUUAGCUUCGAUUGUGGUUUUAAUGACGCAUGGAAGAAAAUAGAGCUUUGAUUUCUGUGCGUUAAAGGACAGGAAUUAGUAUUUUGUCAGGCUAAUCACAAUUCAGAGGCGGUAGGAUUUUGGUGCGUUAAUAGUAGCUGCUGUGUUGGGAUACUACAAAUUUGACCAGAGAGUGGAGAGGUUUUCUUCUUGGAGAGUAUCGUCUUCAGUUUUACGCGCCCUUGGCUUAGUGUUGCUGCUAAAGUUGCCGGGGCGGUAGGGUGCAGCCACGCCGGGGAAAAGCACAGCUUGACGGCCGCUGUUCUCCGGCUAGCUCGCCUGCUGCUUCUGUUGGUGGGAUCGAGGCCUUGUCGGUGAGGCGACAAUGCUUGACAUAAUGUCCGAACACCAAGAUUCACUGUUGACGUGUAAAACUGAACCUCUGCCACCAGAGAGGAAAAAGCGGACAGUUGAGGACUUCAACAAGUUCUGCAGCUUUGUCCUGGCAUAUGCUGGUUACAUCCCAAGUCCAAAAGAGGAGAGCUCAUGGUCCCCAACAUCAUCCAGCUCUGCACACAGUUCAGGGCUGUCAGCCGAUGGAGGCGGUGGAGGCAGCAGCAGCUCCAUGGGUAACACGUGGGCAGAUGGGAGCUCCGACAUCCACACCAUCCAUACAUUUGUUCGAAAAGCUCGAGCAAAUAAGGGGAAAAAUAUUCGCCGCAUGCACUCUGAUAGCAGUCUGCUGGACAAAAUGCGCCUUAAAGACUCUCUGUACGAGAGCCAGGUCAGCACAAAGGCAGAGCGCAAGAAGGACAAAAAACUGAAGAAGUUAUCGCUUGGUUCUGCCAUGAUGACAGCAGAUAGUGGCAGCAGUGAAGGCGAGAAAAGGGCCCGCAUCAAACGCAGCAAAAAUUCAAAACAGCCAAAAGCAAAGAAGCUCAAGAGUCCAGCAGGUCAAAGUGAGACAGACUCAGAGGCACGACACAUGCACUCAGAGGUACGGCCCAUCAGAGAGGACCUCACAGUGCACGGGGGCUCCACGCCGAUCUUGCAGGGCCUGGGGAAGAUGCAGCCAGACGACUCCAUCAGGGAAGCAGACAUGAGCUCCAGCGAGGGGGAGACUUGGAUCGCAGAUGAGGACAUCAUGGUGGAGUCAGGGGAUGAUUCGUGGGACUUGAUCACCUGUUACUGUGGGAAGCCAUUCGCAGGGCGGCCGAUGAUCGAGUGCAACCAGUGUGGCAUAUGGGUGCACUUGUCGUGUGCAAAGAUCAAGAAGUCCAACGUUCCCGACAUCUUUUAUUGCCACAAGUGCAGGGACACACGACGGUCGGGACACAAAAAAGACACUUAAAGGUGAAGAGGAUGGGAGAGAGAUGAGGAGUGCCCAAAACUCUUUUUUCUGUCCUGACUCUUGUUUUCUUUGAUGCCUGCAGCCAAAACAGCCUAAAUUAUCACCUGGAUGGCAACUGUAUUGUCAGUUUGUAGACUUUUAUUUUGACAAUCAAAUCCAUUCUUAUUUAUCCCUCUUUUUCCUUGUUUUAAUUCUUGAGUCUUUUUUUUUGGCUACUGUGAGAAACUGAAAAAAGACAACAGGGACAGUGGAGAAUCAUUUUAGUUUGUUACAAAAUUCACCCAUAUAUAUUAAUUGGCUAUAUAUUGCUAGUAAUGUGCCAGCAAUGUGCACAAUUUCACAUUUGCUCUCAAAUCCAGCAUUUUGACAGGUAAAUCAUUCAUGAUGUUGACAAAUUGGUAAUAAUUUCUAUCCCUCUUUUAAUGUCCCCAUAGUUUCAGUUGAAAUCCUUUUUCCCUUGGCUUUAAAUCAGUGAAAGAUUUCCACACUGAAUCAACAUAUAGCCUAAAAUAUGUAAAAUGUCUUUCCUGCUUGUUUAGAGGUAAGUCAUAUUGCUAGAUGGGCAGCUCUUAUUCCUUUUCAUUGUGUUUUGGCAAUUUACAUGUUAAACUGCAUUUGUUUACGUUAUGUUAGUGUAAACUACGUUUAAGUUGUCUUCUGUUUUAUUUGGUCGUCAGUGGAUAACAUGAAAAGGAUGUAGACGCCUCACUCCUUUAGAUUUCGAAUAAGUGAUCUUUGAAUUUAUUGAUUCAACUAACACUUUAAUAUUUUUGUGUCUGCAAUUGCAUCUAAAUUGCUAAAUGUUUAAAAUUGCACACAGACAAUUAUUUGAGCAGUGCACUUUUUAAAAUAUAAACCCAAAUACCAUCUCCAAUGCAUUUAUGGAUGGUACUGGAAGUAUGGUGAGCUACAGUUGACAAAGUCUGUAUUUGGCCUGUAGCUGUGUACAUUCUUGAUUUAGCGCUUAAUGUUUCUCCCUGUCUGGCUUGUUAAUCAAUCAUUAAUAGCCAUUUUCCAUGAACAACAUUUACAUUGAAAACUGUUCAAUUUUGAUGUUUUUGUUUCAUGUAAGGUUAUUGUUUUUCUUGUCUAUGAGGGCGUGGUAACAUCGCUGUAGGACAAAUGGUUUGGCAGUGCUUCAUUAUGUCGAAAUGGCCCAGAGACUUGUUAAUGAAAGGUUGUAAAAUAUUUGGUUUCCUAUUUCAUAUAUUUGUUUAUUUCUUAGACUUCUGAGGAAGCGGGUUUAGAGACGCGCCCGAGUCAGAGAAUGGAAAUAAGAUUGUCUCACAUCGAGAACAGAGUAGUGUACAGAAAAUAAGUUGAGGCCGCGUAGAUUGUGGCGUUUGUUUAUGUUGUUUGGUUUUACCAUGUGCUUUUCUUUUAUUUGUGGGAGAGUAUUGGUAAGUCUCCAGUAGCAGUUGCACUCUCUCUACAACUUUAAACUCUGUGUACAUAUCCUGUUCUUUGACAACUGUACAUACAUGAAAGUGAAGAGAGAAAAUACCCAAGCAAAAAUCUAUAUUUUCUGCAGUCUGAUAUUGUUUUCUUUGAUUGUAGCUUGAAAAAUUAAAGUCUUUGGGAACAUAAA